UUUUUGUGUACAUUUUAACCUCAACACGUGAAUGCGAUACGCCGAUACACCACUCUAUAGCAUUUUGUAAUUUUUCUGAACUACUAACUCCCAUCUCCCACUUUGAUCAGUCUUCAAGAUUUAAAUUCUCGUUAGUUACUAGUAAAAUAAACUCAAUAGCUAUAAUGUUCAAACUCCGAGUAAAUAAUUAUUUAAUAGACUGUAGUCGAGUGUGUGUUCCACUAGUGCUUAUUAAAAGCAUUCAUUAGUCGUUUCACCGUGCUAAUCUUUCCUCUGUUCAUUAAUGAUCAUGUUGUGAUUAUAAUCUAAUAUUGAGCUGCAUUAUAAUAUUAGUUUAAUACUAUUAAUACUUAUGGUUUUUUCACAAAAAUAAAUAUAAAUACUAGAAAUUUAACUACUAGAUUUCAAGAUGAGUUUAAAAACUAAUAACUUUGAUCAACGGUCAAAAAUGAUUAGCGAGGAACACUUACUGCUACAUGAAAAUGUCAUUAAAAAUGGUAGUACGUUACCAUCAAAAUCUUCAACAUCUAAUUCGAAAGGACAACCUAUUAAACAUAACUCAUUUACAAGUAUUGCAACUGAACCAUUACCAGUUCGUUUAACUCCUGCAUGGGAGGAAAAUAACUUGCCGAACGACGAACUAAAUUUUAAAAGUUUUAGUAUGGCUGAAGCGGUAUUAGAGACUGAUCCACCAAAAGAUAGAUGGAACAUAGUAUAUUUGAUUUUAGUUCUUCAUGGUAUAGGAAUUUUAAUGCCGUGGAAUAUGUUUAUAAAUGCCAAAUCUUAUUUUGUCGACUAUAAGUUAGGAGAAGAAUAUCUUAAUGGAAAAUUUUACUAUGCAGGAAUUUUUAUGGCAUACUUAACAAUCUCAUCACAACUGCCUAAUUUACUAUUCAAUUGGCUUAAUAUAUUCUGUCCGAUAGGUGGAAAAUUAACAACCCGUAUAGUGUGGUCCAUACUGACUGAAGUGGUCUGUUUUGUAUUUACUGUUGCCUUAGUGAUGAUUAAUACUUCACAAAUUCCGAGUACAUUUUUCUGGCUCACUCUCGGAAGUAUUAUGUUGUUAAAUAUGGCUAAUGGUAUUUAUAAUAAUUCAGUUUUCGGUAUGGCAGCCAAAUUGCCUCCAAAAUACAUAGGGGCUGUAGUUCUCGGAACGAAUUUAAGUGGUACAUUUACAUCUUUGGCUAACAUAAUAUCCAUUUCAAUUACUCCUAAUGCUCGCACAGCAGCUAUAUACUAUUUUACCACUGCACUGUUCAUAUUAUUGGCGUGCUUUGACACAUAUUUUGCCUUACCACUAAAUAGAUUUUAUAAGUAUCAUGAACUUAUCUACCAGCGUCAAAUUGAAAAUCAAGAAUCCAAACAAAAUAAUGAUGGUAGCGUACCAUAUUGGCGUAUUUUCAAGCAAUCUUGGUCUCAGCAAUUCAAUGUUUUUUUCAUAUUUUUUGUUACACUAUCAUUGUUUCCAGCUGUACACUCUGAUAUCAAAGUGUCUGAUCCAAACUUCUUUAUUGGUAGUACAUAUUAUGUCAGUAUUAUGUGUUUUUUUACUUUUAAUUUUACUGCACUAGUCGGCUCGUAUCUUUCCACAUUGUUUUCAUGGCCGAAACCAAAAUGGAUGUUUGCUCCGGUUAUUUUAAGAGUUGUCCUUAUUCCAUUAUUUUUAAUUUGCAAUUAUCAUCCAAUAGAUGUUUCUAGAUUAACUCCAGUUAUAAUAAAUAAUGAUUAUGCAUUUUGGAUAUUGGGAGCUAUACUUGGAUUAUCAAGUGGAUAUUUGAGUUCAGUUGCAAUGAUGUAUAUACCAAGUUGUGUUGAACCAAGAUACAGUGGAGUCGCUGGAAUGUUUGGAGCUGCUAUGCUGAUCACCGGUAUUUGCUGCGGUUUAGUUUUUGGAAUGUUUAUGCCGAAUGUUAUUAAGCUUAUUAGCUGGUAAA